AAAAACAAACAAGAUGCCCUUAGUCAGUUGGGAGUGUUCGUUGACAAGGGCAAUAUUCGUUUAUUAACGGUAACCAAACAAACAAAAUCUUAUUCUCUGUAACGCCAUCCCAUCCACAAACCUCUAUUUCCCUUUUUCUCUGCACCUCCAGGUUCCUCCUAUUGAAAGCAAAGUUCCCACCUGACAAUUUUUUUUAGAGUGAAUGUGGAGGGGACUUGCGGGGGAAGGAUCGGAAACCAACAACGUUUCGUGAAGACCCAGCAAACCCCCCAUGUUUUGGGUGUUUCUUGUCCAUUUCAAGCUUGGAAUUGGUCCCCAAUUCUGAACCAUGCAUAUACAUGCCCAUAAAAAUGCGUACAUAUGCGCAUUCACAUUUUAAAGAAUUGUUAAACCUAAUUCAGGUUGGCGGGUUGAAUUUAUUGAAUUCGGGUCGUCUGAGCAUUCUAAGAUUCAUAGGGGGUGAUUCCCCCGAUCUUGGUGCAAAAGAUGGCUCUUUUUCGCAAGUUUUUCUACAGGAAGCCUCCUGAAGGGCUUUUGGAGAUAUCUGAAAGGGUUUUUGUCUUCGAUUGCUGCUUUACCAGUGAUGUUCUUGAAGAUGACGAGUACGCCCUCUACAUGGGUGGUAUUGUCCAUAACCUAUGCAACCACUUUCCCGAAGCUUCGUUCAUGGUUUUCAACUUUAGGGAUGGGGAAUAUGAAAGCCAGAUAGAGGCCAUACUCGAGGACUACGACAUGACUGUGGUUAACUACCCCAACCAUUUUGAGAACUGCCCCGUGCACACAAUGGAGACGAUCUAUCACUAUUUGAAGUCGAGUGAGACUUGGCUAUCAGUUGGUCCUCAAAACGUGCUUUUAUUGCAUUGUGAGUUUGGGGGGUGGCCCAUUUUGGCCUUCAUGCUGGCCGCCCUAUUGAUAUUCAGGAGGCAAUACACCGGGGAACAUAAAACAUUAGAUAUUGUUUACAAGCAAGCACCACGUGAGCUUCUUGAAUUGAUGCUACCCUUAAAUCCACUGCCUUCACAACUAAGAUACCUGCAAUAUGUGUCCAGAAGAAAUUUGGGUUCUGAAUGGCCACCCCUUGACAGGGCACUUACAUUAGAGUGUGUCAUCAUUAGACACAUACCUGAUAUGGACGGGGAAGGAGGCUGUUGUCCUAUAUUUAGGAUAUAUGGGCAAGAUCCCUUCAUGGCUGCUGAUUGGACACCUAAGGUUCUAUUUUCUACACCCAAAACACGCAAUGUUGUCAGACAGUAUAAUCAGGCAGAUUGUGAGCUUGUUAAAAUCGACAUCCAUUGUCACGUACAGGGUGAUGUAGUGCUUGAGUGUAUCACUUUACAAGACGAUGAACUUGAAUGUGAAGAGAUGAUGUUCCGUGCUGUUUUCAACACUGCGUUCAUUAGAUCAAACAUUUUGAUACUUAAUCGUGAUGAAAUUGAUAUUCUCUGGGACGUGAAGGAUCAGUUUCCUAAGGACUUCAGAGCAGAGAUUCUGUUCUCGGAGAUGGAUUCUGUUUCUUGUUCCCUUGUAACACCUACUGCUUUACCUCAUAUUAUUGAAGACAAAGGAGGAGGAGGUCUUCCUAGUGAGGCGUUUUCCAAAGUUAGAGAAAUUUUCAGCAAUGUGGAUUGGUUGGACCCUAGAACUGACCUGGCUCUAGACAUCCUUGAAAUCAGAGCAGCUAACAUUCUUCAAGAAAAGCUCGAAACUUUAUCAUCUCCCCAUCCGGCUGCUAGAAGGAGUAGCGAACUCAUGAAAAGCUGCUCUUCAAGUUUGACAAACAAAAGUUCCAUUUGCCAGUCCCCACCAGCAACAAAAGAGGACUUUGAAACGAGUUUUCUUCAGUUAGCAAGAAAAAUGAAGACCGGACUUGGCGGAACUUUCCAAGAUGAAAAUAAGAGAAUGGACAGUGUGGUUAGCGAUGUUGGGAAGGAGGGAGUAGUUCUGUCUGAGCCAUAUCAACAAAGAGUCACUGAUAAGUCAUGUUCCCCUCCACCUCAGCACCAGACUACAACGCCUUCCCUUUUUGUUGAUGAUGAACAAACCCUGGCCUAUUCACAAGAUCUAAGCACAAAAAAAAGUGAUGAUGCUAAGUCUCAAGCUCAAUCAGAAGUCAUUUCUUCUCAGGACGUAGCUCAAAAUGAAGUCCCCAGUAGACGCUCUAAAGGUAAUUCCUCUCAAGCUUCAAACUCGCCUCUUGCAAGGUACCAUGCUGCAUCUACAGUUGGAAUUACAGCCCUGCUGCAUGAUCAUGCUCCUGAAUAUAAUAAUAAUAAUAAUCAUAUAAAAGAAAGCAAUCCCUCAGUCACAAUGUCCCCAAGAAAUGCCAUUUUAGCAUCUGUUUCUAGUUUAUUAAAACCUUCAGAGACAUAUAUAAACCCCCUUGGCCCGCCUCCUCCACCACCACCAUCUACCCAUGUUGUUUCAGCUUCUCCUUCUGUACCCCCUUUAAGUUCGGGCUUAGUAGAAUCCAUCCGAACUUCCACUUCCAGACAAUCUCCACCUCCACCACCUCCUCCCUGCCAAGCAUUAGCCUAUCCUCCACCCCCUCCUCCCUGCCAAGGAUUAGCUCAUCCUCCACAAGCACCUCCUGCCCACCCAGGAUUAGCUCACUCCCCACCACCUCCUCCCCGCCCAGGAUUAGCUCAUCCUCCACCACCUCCACCUUGCCCAAGAUUAGCUCAUCCUCCAUCACCACCACCACCUCCAGCUCCUUGCCCUCAACCACUCCCUUCAUCAUCACCACCGCCCCCUCCUCCUAAGUGCUCUGCAAAUGCUCCACCUGUUCCACCUCCACCAAUUCCUCUGAAGAAUGGGACUAACGGGGUUGCAGCAAGUGGUGGUGGAAGUAUACCUCCGCCUCCCAUUGGAGCGGCGAAGGGGAAACUGCAACCACGCACUGGCGUUAAGAAUCAAACACAGAGCAAAAGGACACCCUUGAAACCAUACCACUGGUUGAAGUUAACAAGGGCAAUGCAAGGAAGCCUAUGGGCUGAUGCUCAGAAACCUGAAGAAGCUUCCAAAGCUCCUGAAUUUGACAUCUCUGAACUUGAGACUCUGUUCUCUGCAGCUGUUACAAAUUUAGAUCAUGGAAGUGCUGGAAAGUCAAGCCAUCGUGCUGCGGGAUCCAAAUCUGAUAAAGUGCAGCUAAUUGACCUCCGAAGGGCAUAUAAUUGCGAGAUUAUGCUCACGAAAGUUAAGAUUCCUUUGUCAGAUUUAAUGAGUUCCGUUCUUGCUUUAGACGACUCAGCAUUGGAUACAGAUCAGGUUGAUAAUCUUAUCAAAUUUUGUCCAACAAAGGAUGAAAUGGAACUUCUUAAGAAUUACAAGGGAGAAAAGGAUAAACUUGGAAAAUGUGAGCAGUUUUUCUUAGAGCUGAUGAAGGUUCCCAGGGUAGAAUCUAAGCUCAGAGUCUUUUCAUUCAAAAUCCAAUUCUGUUCUCAGGUUUCUGAUCUUAGAAAAAAUUUAAAUACUGUGAACUCUACAGCUGAAGAGGUCAGGAAUUCUGUCAAGCUGAAAAGAAUUAUGCAGACAAUUCUUUCAUUGGGUAAUGCUUUGAAUCAUGGGACUGCAAGGGGUUCUGCUGUUGGAUUUCGGUUGGAUAGUCUUCUAAAGCUGACUGAUACACGUGCUCGUAACAACAAAAUGACUCUAAUGCACUAUCUGUGUAAGGUUCUUGGUCAUAAGCUACCAGAAGUAUUGGAUUUUCAUAAUGACCUUGUCAGCUUAGAGGCUGCAACGAAGAUACAACUAAAGUAUUUGGCAGAGGAAAUGCAAGCUAUCAGCAAGGGGGUGGAGAAAAUACAACAGGAACUCACUGCAUCAGAAAGUGAUGGUCCUGUGUCCGAGAGUUUCUGCACUACAUUGAAGAAAUUUCUUGGCUAUGCUGAAGGUGAAGUGAGAUCUCUGGCUACAUUGUAUUCUGUAGUGGGAAGAAAUGCUGAUGCUUUGGCCAGCUAUUUCGGAGAAGAUCCUACCCGUUGCCCAUUUGAACAAGUGGUAUCAACUCUGCUCAAUUUUGUGAGGAUGUUUAAAAAAGCUCACGAGGAAAACUGCAAGCAACUUGAAUUUGAAAGGAAGAAAGCUGAAAAGGAAGCGGGAAACGGUAAUUCGAAACUGAACAGUUCAAACAAACAUUCGGGGAAUGACAAGAUGAAGACCAGUACUAAUUCCUCCAUACGCACUACCACCACAGAACAACAUAAAAUACAAACAGUGUAGAGCACGCAUUUUUGUUGGUUGUUUUGAGUCCAUUCUUCUUCUAGCUACUGGAAGCAAAGAUCUCAACAACUUAGAACAAACAAUCUUAUGGGGUAAAAUAUAUAUUACAAAAGAUAUGCAUUAUGGUGGGUGACUUCAAAAGAGAUCACAGGCAAACUUGAAAAAAGAGAGUUUUCAAAUGGUAUGCCUUCUUAACCAUCCAUAUUGUGGUUACAACAACAACAUCAUCCAAGGCUUAGUCCCAAAAGAUAUUGGGGUCGGCUAACAUGAAUCGAUACAUGAUAUCACCACCAAAACGAAAAGAAACGAAAUAAAGAUAAAAAAGAUAAGCUAUUAUAAAAAGAUGAUAUGUGGUAUAAAAAGAGAUGAAUAUACAUAAAAAUGAUAAAAUAAAAAGGAUACAAAUAAUGCUUAUAUAUAUAAGGAUAAAAAACAAGGAAAAAAGAUUUGGGGAAAAGAUGAUACGAGAUCACUCCUCCACACGAAUACCCGCCCUCCACUUAUAUUAUUAAAAUUGGUUUAUACGGAGUAUAAAAUAAGGACUUUCUCAUUAUUCCGUACUCCUAGAUUUCUCGUUUGAUUGUUUACCCCCUUUCCAUUCUUCUAAGAGUAAGGCUAUGGACAUGAAAGACUCAGAAGAAAGGUUCAGCGAACCCAGAAAUCUCCCUUUUAAAGAAUGUGAGUGGCGUAGCUCGCACAUCCUUUCUCACUAAAGUCAUUUCUGUCAAAUCCAUAUCGUCCACAUGCUCCACAAUCGUUUUCAAAAUACAUACCUAGAUGCAUAAUGCUUCUUAUGAUCAGACAGGGAGGACUUUAGAGCCUGUUUGGCAAGACCUGAAAUGGAUGAAAAAAGUAUUUAGUCUGCUGCAGUUGUGAUUGAAAUAGCUGAAUUGACUGAAUUCGAUUAAACAAAGGUUAACUAAAUAAAGGAAGGCUGAAGUGACUUUUUUUAUUAAUUUCAAAAUUUCAGUCAUUCCGGAAAAAAAGAGUGUAAAUUUUGUAGUUUUUCUCUCAUUAUCAGCAGCCAUAAAUAAAUAAGUUGGUUUUUAUCUAACUCUGGUUGUUGUAUCUUUAAUUGAUGCUUGGGAGCCAUCAGAUCAGCACCGCUGACUGGUAUGAAGGUUGUAUGAAUCCCAAGUUCCUUUGCUUGUGGCUUUGUACAAUCCAGAGGGUCGGGAUGCUAUGAUUCUAGCCAAGCACAGGACCCAAACUCAGUGGCAAAUAGUUAUAAGUUGAGUGUCCCGACCUGUUACAACCUCUGUCUGGAUUGAAUGCAUCAAGAAUGUAUUUUCUCUGCUACAGAUUUGGAAAGCGGUGUUGGCUGUCGUGCAAACGCAUUGUGGUUUCAACGGAUUCAUCAUUGUAAAUGCUUUCUCUAAUUUUUGUUGAAAAUGAAAUACUCUUCAUUUACAUUUCAUUUGUGCACUUUAAACCGUCAAGCGUUGAAUUUGAAGCGUAAAUAAUGUCCAAGCUGGUGCCUCACAUCUCAAUUCAUGCAUUCUUACAUGAUCACCCUGAUGUUGUAUCAACUUCACGAUUGGUCAUGUAUUUUACUUUGAUCACUUUUUUGUACAUUAUAUUAUUAUUCUUUUUUCCCACAUAUGCUCCUUUUAUCGAUAUUUUGGGCGCUUAAAUUCACAAUAGAGGUUCUGAUAACUUGGUUACAAGGACCACAAAUGAUCGAAAACAAUAAUUAAUCUGAUGUUCCAACUUUGAAUGCGUUUAAAUUAUUAUUAUUAUUGUUGUUGUUGUUGUCAUUAUUAUUAUUAUUGUUAUUAUUAUUGUUAUUAUUAUUAAUGUUAUUAUUAUUGUUGUUAUUACUAUUAUUGUUAUUAAUAUUAUUAUCAUAAUAAUAUUAAUGAUAAUAAUAAUAAGUAUUAUUAUUAUUGUUAUUAUUAUUGUUAUUGUUAUUAUUGUUAUUACUAUUAUUGUUAUUAAUAUUAUUAUUGAUGGAGUAUAUGGGUCCAGACCCCAUGACCCACAUACUCAGAAGACUAAGAGGAGCACAACUGUCAUCCAGUGGGCCCUCCGUCGGCCAAAUGACACCCCAUCGGCCGGAGAAGAGUCAACUCGGAAUAUGCUCCAGAAGCCAAGGAGAAGACUUGUCCUCCGUCGGUCGUGUCUCCAUCGGCCGAGUGUCUCCAUCGGUCGAGUGUCUCCGUCGGCCGAGCCUCUCCGUCGGCCAUGUCUCUGUCGACCAAGCGUCUCCGUCGGCCGGAAGGAACUUACAGAACUAGACUUCUAAUGUUUUGGAAAAGCAUUUUGAAAAUUCCCUUGAAAAAAAAACUUUAAACAAAAUGCCCCCCCAAAAAAACCAUUGCUCUAAUACCAACUUGUAACACCCCCAAAUUUCCCACCCAAAAACGCUUUGAAAUAAUACUUUAUUAUUAAUUUUAUUUGAAAACAUCAUAGUUGUGCAGCGGAAAAUUCAAAGGGAAAUAGAGGCGUUUUCGCCACACUCGGUUCUAACCUAACCGAGUGCACAGGCUAAUCACCUCCAAAACAAUUUAAGCUCCAAAAUAAUUAUUCACUAAAGAUCUUGAAAGUAUAAGUUACAAUGAUUUACUAAUUAGGUGUUCUAGCGGAAUCUCUCUUGAAUCAACAUCGUCAUCAAAUAGAUACUCAGGUCUUAUCUCCUGCACAAAUAAAGUACAGAAAGAAAAGAAAAGCAAAGAGACAAAAAUUAGCCGGAAAUGCUAAGUAAGUCCCACCCAACCCCGUAAAAUAAUCAGGUUUAGUACAUAUAUACGUUUUUGUAAAACCAUUCGGAGGAAAAAUCUUUUCAAAACAUUCAUAUCAAUCAUAAGUAAAACAAUAUUUAUAAUAAAUUCUCAUAACUUAAUUCAUAUGUAAAAUAAUAAUAUUCCAAAUCAUAAUAAUUCCAAUCAUUAGAAAAUGUAAUAAAAAUUCUCAUAAAUAUUCUAAAGCAUAUAUCAUAUACACAACUCCAAAUAUCCAUCUCAAAACUCACUUAAGCACUUUAUCAAAAUCCUUAAAAACACAUAAUCAAUGUCCACAAAUAUGUUUUCCAAACCAAUAUCACAAGUAUUUGUACUUUAGAAUUUCACAAUUAAUAAAAUGAUUAAGUAUUUAGUCAACUCUUUAACCCAACUCUUUAAGAGUAAAAUACCAAAACAUUUGAUUUACCUCAAAAUAGCUUUAUAGCUAAUUCUCCUAGUUCAUUUAGAAGGGCGGUGGUCAAGCGUUGUCUCGAUUCUUGAGCCCAGUGAUCCGUUGUUUUGUACGGUCACUCCGAUCUGCUCUCGGUACCACAUCUCCUUUAUUAGAAUCUAGACUUCUACCUUAAGUGUGCACACCCCCUAAAGGGAUUCCAAGCCCUCUGAGUAGUAUGAAGUCUAAGUAGUUCUGACGUCAACGUCUCCCUACUCCAAAUGGGAUAUACUCCCUAAGUUCUAGGUUCAAAGACCCUUAAGAGAAUAGGUACUACUACUGCUCUAAUAAAAAGGGAUCUGAUGCCCAGUUGUUCGGGGUGGUUACCGAACCCUCCAAAAUUCAUUUAAUUUGUUUCACACCUCUCAAUUCAUGUAGUAGUAGUCCUAAUCCUCCUUCACCAUUAACGGACGUGAAGGUGGCCCGACACCUGCGGAUUUCUCCCGCGGUGCCCCAAUUAUGAAAAUAGUCUUUUAUCUUCUCUUUUCAAAACUCAAUAUUUAUGUCUUAUAGACAUUAGUGUCACCAUUAAAAAUAUUAACUUUCCUUUGUUUUCUCAAAUUCCAAUCAAAAGUUCAUAUCUUUCAAAAUACGCUAAAAUUCCCAUAUGUUUUCUCAAAAUCCAAUUUACUCACAACACCACCAAAAUAUUCACCAUUAGAAAAAUCUCCCAAAAAUCAUGUACAAUAACUUGUAUCAAAAUCCCAUCAAUAUAUCAAGUACAAACAACUUCAAUUUACUCAAAUUUAAUACACACAAUACACUAAUCGAAUUGUACAUUAAAACAUUCAAAAUAAUUACGAGGCAAAAGGUAUAAUUUUGGUUGCAAUGAAACUUACCUCAAAUCGCGAUAAGUCUUAACCGAAGCUUCUAUAUCGAUCUUCUCCAAAUUCACCUUCUAAGAAUAUUAAAAUUAUAAAUCAAUAAAUAAUAUAAGUCCUAACCGAAGCUACCUCUUACCCAAUUUAUGGUGUAAUCAUCCUAAAUUCCAUAAUUCGUAUUUAUCAAUUUGAUUCACUUAAUUGUUUCAAUAAUAAUCAACUCGUGUAUUUUGUUAAUCAAUAUUGUCCAAUUUUAUGCGGCCUGAAUAAUUAGUCUAAUUAGCCAUUUAUUCAUUCUUUUCCUUAUUAAUCCAGCAACCCAAAGUCAAUGCUCAGACCAAUCAAUUAGAUAAAAUAGGCCCAACCGUAAACACUUAACGUAAUACGGAGUAUAGAAGAUACUGUAGUACAGUACAUACGAUUCGUUUUCUUCUCCAAAGAGUACCUGCGAAAAGAUACUCCAGUGGCAGCAACUUACACAGGGGGGAGGGGGUCCGACGCUGGCGUUCACCAUGUUUUCUCCAGCUCGGCAAUCUCCUCCAGCUCACAGACGUAAAUUAAAGAAGCUUCGAUACAGACGGUCCGGCGACACAGUAACAUGGUCCCUCCUCUUCGGGCGCAUGAGCUCCUCUUCCGGCGUUCGUUGUCUCGGCGGUCUGCAACGGUUCUGCGGAGAUUAUUCUGAUUUGAAGACGACGGCGUUGCUUAGGUCGUCCUGCCCUUCCUCUUUCGUUCUCGGUUCUGUUUUGUUUCGCGCAGGCCGUAGGUACCCUGAUUCGUCUCCGACGGUUUCAGUCAGUCUUCUCCGGUGAGCUGUUAUGUUGGGCGGCAACGACGAGCCGACGAGGGUUUUAGGGUUCGAAGGUGUUUCUACACAAGUUUGUAAACUAUAUAUAUCAACAGCGACGAUUCUAGAAUUUCCGUUUCAUAUGUUACAAAUCUUUUCCAUUUAUUUUCAUUACCAAUGUUUCCAUAAUUAUACGUAGUACAUACGUUUGCCGCUCCUUGCGUUGCUACUGCAGGUAAUACAAAAUACUACCUUAUUACUACAUAUUUUUGUUAUUACUAUCCUCCGUUUCCUAUUAAAGACAUGCCACAUGCGCAUAUAUGUUAUAACAAUAGUAUGUAUGUACGUGUUAUGUAUGUAUGUAUAUGAGGUGUUAUAAUU